AUGGUCCGCAUCUCGCAAAUCACGGCUUUCGCCGCCUCGCUGUCUGCGGCGUCGGCCUCCUGCCUGAGCGGCACCAAACUCGCCGCCCGUGCCGCCGACGGAACGGUCCCCAUCUCCACGUUCAACUACACCGGCGCCGGCGGCCCGCUCAACUGGUACAGCCUCAACACGUCGGCCAACAGCGCGUGCUCCCGGGGCAAGUUCCAGUCGCCGAUUGACAUUGUCACGCAGGCCAUUGGCUACGCCUCGACGGCGUCGCUCAACUUCAGCGUCCCGGCGGUCGCGAGCGCCAAGUUUGAGAACCUGGGCACGAACGUCGAGGUGGUCGUCAACGGCACGCUCGUCACCAGCAACUUGACCUACGAACUGGCCCAGCUCCACUUCCACACGCCCAGCGAACACCGCAUCGACGAGGAGUACUUUCCUCUGGAGGUGCACUUUGUCUUUGAAUCAGAAGCGUCAUCAUGGCCCAACGUCAUCCAUGCUUCGACUGGAUCUGUUUUUGCUCUUCUGCUGUACACCAUGCUGACCGACCCAGCGAGUGACAUUGCCGUCGUCGCCUUCGUAUUCCAGCUGUCCCAGUUCGGCUACAGCGCCCCCCUUUUUGACAGCGUCUUUGCCCACCUGGACGACAUUGCGAAGCCCGGCACCUUCACCAAGACGGGCCCGCUCGACUUUGCGGGCCUCGAGAAGCACUUCAACGACCACGGCGUGUACGCCUACAGCGGCUCGCUGACCACGCCGCCGUGCAGCGAAAACGUGGCCUGGUACAUCAGCACGGAGCCCGUGCCCCUGAACGUCCAGACGUACAACGCCGUCAAGAAGGUCGUCAAGUUCAACGCGCGCUACACCCAAAACGCCCUUGGCCUUGACAACUUGCUGGAGCUGUCCGCUGCUGCGCUGCAGCAUUGA